AUUAUUCUCAUGUUCCAACAUCUCCAAUUGUAUUAACAAUUUAUUAAUUUAUUUGAUUCUUUUUGUUAUUGUUUCAAUUUGUGGACUCUUUGGUCAAUUUUUUCUUCAAUUAUUUGGACUCUUUGGUCUUUCCUGUUGGCUUUUCUCGCUUCUUUUUCGGUUCUCUCUUCUCCAAGUGACAAUCCUAUAAGAUUUUUGUUUACCUUUUUUCUUUUCACAUUUAUUUUGUUUGUUUGCCGAAAAUGAGUUUCCGAAGAGAAGCCGGUAAUCCAUUUAUACCUCGACGAUCGUUUACAAUCAUGGACACUGAGAAUUAUAUCCAUGAGACUAUUAUGUACCUUAUUUCCAUUUUGGGUGGUGAAGAAAGUUGUUCCAUGGAAUUGACUAAGCUAACGGUUGAACUUUGUAAACGAGGUAAUACUAAACCAUUGAAAAAAAUGGCCUCAGGUGAUUCGAUUGAGGAAAGAGUUUUAGCUUUUGCAUGGCAACAUCCUUCCAUUUUUGAUACCAAUGAACGAAUUAUCAGCCUUCGACCAAUGAAACCUGAAAUUGAUGAUGAACUUGAGUGCAAUUUGGAGGAGAGGUUAAUCCAAUUUCUUGUUUUCCGAUGUAACCAGUAUGGUCCUUGUCAAAUUCCCAUUUCCAAACUAUUGGGAAACCUUCAUCAAGCCGCUAGUGAUAUUAGAUUUCAUUUUCAUAAUAAUGAUUAUUCACGAUUUCACAAUUUUCUACGUACUCGUGAUGAUAUUUUCACCCUUAUCGAUUCCGAAACAGUUGCCUUAAAAACUGUUCUCGAUAAGGCAAAACUUGAAAAUAAAUCUCUCUUAAAAUGUGAUGAAUACUUUCUGGAUGGACGAGUUCUUAAUUGUACUAGAAUGGUGGAUACAUUCAGUGAAGGAAUUCAAAUUGUCCGGGAAAUUUUAGACACCAAAGAUAUUGUCGCAAUAGACUGUGAAGGAGUCAAUCUUGGUGCACCUAAUGGAUAUAUAACUUUAGUUCAAUUGGCCAUAGUUGAUGAAUUACCAGAAAACCAUACAGAUGAAGAUAUUGCCAAUUCGAUUAAAAUUUAUCUAUUCGAUGUCCAAGCCGAUGUUGACCUGAUGUAUAUUGCGUUAAAAAAGCUUCUGAAAGCAGAAAAGAUAACGAAAAUAUUUCAAGGAUGUUCAAGUGAUGCAACCGCUUUGUAUAAUCGUUACAAGAUAAUUACUGCUUCCGUUUUUGAUACAGUCAUUGCUCAUCGUCAUCUUAAUGAAGGAGCAAAAUCAGAUCUUUAUUAUCUUUAUGAAUAUUAUGUUGGCGAGGGAACCAAUCGAAUGAAAAAAGAUAUCAAGAAAAAGUACAUCUUUAAUCCUCGAUUAUGGACAACAAGACCACUUACCGAGCUUUUAACUUAUUAUGCAGCGUUUGAUGUUUACGCAUUAAUAAGAAUCUAUUAUAAAUUGAAGAAUCAGAUUGACGAGAAAACUUACAAAGAGAUUUGGGAUAAAAGUUCAGCUACCGCUCAAUCAGCCUACAUACGAGCUUUACCUUUGUAUGCCGCUUCAUUGUAUAAUAAGGGUUACACUUUAGCCCAAGUACACGCCGAGAUUGGCUGGGAAUUGGAUAGUGACGAUGAAAAAUCUUUAGGUAUCCAUAAAUCAAAAUCUAGUAAUAAUUAUAAUGGCAAAUCAAGAUCCCGACAAUACACAGUAAAUGGUAAACCAAAUUACCAAAACAAUAAACACCCAAGAAACUUUAACCGACUCGGUGAAAGUGGUGGCAGUAGUGCAACAACAGUUAAUCAUCCUAAUCGGAAUACGCCUAAUUUUGAUAACAAUAAUGGUAACAACAAUUAUAGUGAAUAUUAUAAUGGAAAUGCUUUAUAUCGUAGUUCACAUAAUCAGUACCAUCGUUCUAAUCAUUAUUCUGGUAAAAGUUCCGUUCGAUUUCAAAGACCAACGUUACCUCAGAAUCACUCGAAUCCUCAGCAACAUCAAACAAAUCAUUAUGAUAACACACAACACUAUCAACAACGAAACUAUUAUCAAUACCAACAACCACAGUUUAAAUAUCAACAACCUUAUCAAGGAAACUUUCAAUAUCAACACCAAUAUCAACCAAAUGUCCAAUAUCAGCAACAAUAUCAAUUUCAACAACCGCAACAUCACCAAUAUCAGCAAAAUCAAAAUCAAUAUCAACAACCAUCAACGCAAAUCCCACAUCAAUCAAAGCAACACUACCACCACCAACCUCAACCACAACCACAACCGCAACUCCAACAACAACAACAGCAAAUGCAUUUUCAAUCUCGUAAUCAGCAAUUUAAUACAAGACGAAAUGUUCAAAAUUAGAUACUCAAAAAAAGAGAUGCAAUAAUCAUUGUGAAUAAUAUAAAAUAUAGUUAAUCACUAACGAUAUUUGAUCAAUACAAUGAUAAUGAUUAGUUGUAUCAACGAUUGUUGAGCAAAAUUAAUUUAACAAAUUGAUUGUUGACAUUGCACUAAAAAAAAAGUUUUCAUUCAAUUCUGAAAUUGAAGUAACAAUUAAUAAAUUGUCUUUCUUCUUCA